GCAACCAGGAGAAGCCAAACUUGGUGGUCACUUCCUACUCGAGGGGAGGUCCGGAGCGCGCUGCCACACGCCACGCGCUCAUGGCGCUCUACGAGCUCUUCUCUCACCCAGCCGAGCGCGGCUACCGCGCAGGGCUGUGCUCAAAGGCCGCACUGUUCCUGCUGCUGGCCACCGCGCUCACGUACAUCCCGCCGCUGCUGGUGGCCUUCCGGAGCCACGGGUUUUGGCUGAAGCGGAGCAGCUACGAAGAGCAGCCGACUGUGGCCUUCCAGCACCAAGUGCUGCUCGUGGCCCUGCUGGAACCCGAGCGUGGCGAGUUCCUCGCCUGGAGCACGUUCCCCGCCUUCAACCGGCUGCAAGGGGAUCACCUGCGUGUCCCGCUCGUUUCGACUAGAGAAGAAGACAGGAACCAGGAUGGGAAAAUGGACAUGCUUCAUUUUAAACUGGAGCUUCCCCUGCAGUCCACGGAGCAUGUUCUUGGCGUGCAGCUCAUCUUGACUUUCUCCUACCAAUUGCACAGGAUGUCGACAUUCGUGAUGCAGAGCAUGGCGUUUCUCCAAUCCUCCUUCGCUGUUCCAGGGUCCCAGUUAUAUGUGAAUGGAGACCUGAGGCUGCAGCAGAAGCAGCCCCUAAGCUACAGUGGCCUAGACGUUCGAUACAACGUGUCUGUAAUUAAUGGGACCAGCCCUUUUGCCUGUGACUAUGACCUCACCCGCAUUGUUGCUGCCUAUCAGGAAAGGAAUGGUGAGUCGCCAGUAGAUUUCAUUCAGAUGUCUCCUAAGGACUUUCCAGUAACCACCAUCCUGACUGACCCCCACCCCAUCUGGCUGGUGGGAAGGGCUGCCGAAGCUCCAUUUGUGAUUAAUGCUGUCAUCCGAUACCCCGUGGAAGUCAUUUCUUAUCUACCAGGAUUCUGGGAAAUGAUAAAGUUUGCCUGGAUCCAGUAUGUCAGUAUCCUCCUUGUCUUCCUCUGGGUGUUUGAAAGAAUCAAAAGAUUUGUGUUUCAAAAUCAGGUGGUCACCACAAUCCCUGCAACAGCAAUGCCCCAGGGAGAACUGUAUAAGGAGCACAUAUCUUAAGAAGACCAUUUCUGAAAACUCUAAGCAGGACUCUGGCUACCUCACUGUUGACUUCUGAGAACUGCCAUCCACAACAUUUCUGAAAAGAGCUCACGGACACGCGUCAGCAGCUUUGGUGCUCUUUCUAUCACAGACAAAGAACAAUUCUAAUUUUUCUCCACACAAAUUCCAUAUCUUCUAAGUGCCUUCCAGAAUCAUCAGAGACUCGUUUGUGGAAAGAGCUGAAGGUUCCUGAAGGCUAUCAUUUGCCCCACUCCAUUUUUGUUUGUUUGUUUGUUUGUUUGCUUUUUCUUUGCCUCAGACUUGAAUUUCAGGAGAAAACUACACAGUCAGUUUAGAAACGUUGGAAAGAGUCCCAUCUCUGGUCAAGCAAAGACUUUUCCUCUCAUGAACUGAGAAACAUGCUCUGCAUUUCUUCCUCGUAUUGUAAACCACUUUUUACUCUUUUCAGGGCUCUCUUGUGACAUAUGCAAAUCACUAGUACUUUCCACUCCUGGGCAUCUAAAUUUCCCAUUCAGAACUCUGAUUUCCAGAACUGAGAGGCCUUUUCCUGGAGAAUUGGGGAGAGGGGGUAAGAGAGCACAAAUGUUCAAGAACUGUGUGUGACACACAUGAGUGUGAGCAACUUGAGGACACUAGGACCGUCCACCUGCUCUCUCAGUUUAACAGACAUCGUCUGUCAUCAGCUCAGCUGAACAGCCCUUUAUCUCGCCCUGCUGUGGCUGGCUCUUUGCCCUGUCUUUUGCCCUCUGUCUUUGCCCCUGCAGUAGCAGACUGAAAUCAGAAAUGUUCAUUCACAAUCCCCUCAGCAGCCGAGGGGGAAGUAAGGAUUGUAACAACAGGUUUUCUCUGGCCCUCGCCCAACAGCCUGGACACUUGCCACUCCUCCUUGACAACCCUCCCCCUUCCUGGAAAGGACGUGGGUGACAAGAGGACCUGUUCGUAUUGGCCCCCACUGAAAACCACACAGUUUAUUUGGAGGACUAGUGGAAAGCCCAGCUACUUGUAUUUCUCUUGACUAAGGAACGGGGUGUGCAUCAGAGCAGGCAGUUUUGGAAAGGACAUACAAGGAGCAGUGAGGGGGGAGAAAGAGGAUGCUAGCCUGGGCAGCCCAGUCCAGCCUGGCCAUUAGCAGAAUGACAAGCAGUCCAGCCAGAUUACCCUCAUGACUGAGUGUCUGCAGGAGAAGAGUACCGGAGCAGGUCUCUGAUGCACACAGAAGACUGAUUCUCCGUUCUCAUCCUGAGGAAACAUGCAGUUUCCUCAAAGGACAGAUGGAUCUGCUUUAUGAUCUGGCGAUGCCAUUGGCACUGGAAGGACAUGUCCGCUGUGAUCCCUGCUUCAUGUCCAUUCACAAACACACUCCUCAGGGUGUGUCUCAGUUUACCUUGGAGAUUCGGUUCUUAUUUCCAAAGUACCUUUUCAUUCAGGCUGACCAAAAUAAGAGUUUUGGAAACAAAGCUGUUUUUGAAGUAUUCAAUCACACAAAUAUCCUAACACUGACUCCUCUGAUUUUUCUCUUAAAAUUUAGGGCCGUUUGUACGCCUAAAUUUUUUUUUGAGAUUUAUAUGAAAUAUGGUUGCUGAAUUUUCUGAAUUACAAAAAAGUAAUGAGAUAGGCACAGACCACUAAAGGUGUGUAUAAACAUUGCACUUUAUUAAAUUAUUUUAAUGCAAAACUUA